AUUAUCGUUAAGUAUCAUAGAAUUAGCACUUGGAAAUUUUAAGUUUUAGUAUGAAACAAGCUUAUUUGUACAUUUUUUUUAAAUUUAAAAUCUGAGAGAAACCGAUGGAAACCACAUUUCAAUAUGGAUUGGUUUUUAACUUUUCAUGAAAAAUUAAUUGAAAGCAGUUCAGAAGCAUCAUGCAGCAUGGUCAUUAAUCAUUCAGCUUCCUCUACGUAGCUAAAGUCAAACGUCUUGUUUACUAAUCCCAACUUUUUUUUUAAUUUUCUCCCUUUUUGUUACUUGUUCUGUUUGUUUUUUUGUUGAAGAAUGGAAGGUUAUAACAUAAAAGGGGCAUAAAGUAAUUUCCUCACAUCUAUUAUCGGGGAAAGUUGCCAAACUUAUCUACCACCCCAGCCAAACUUGAUCCUUGCCACCCAAAGCCAAAUAUUUUUCUCUCGUCUAUCUCUCCUCCUUGUAACUUGGUGGUGCACAUCAGCAUCUGCCACCGCAGCCAAUAGUGCAGGUGCAGUGUGCACCCCUUCGCCUUCCUCCCCGUGGUUGAAAUGGGGAAGAGACCGCCAUCCUCUGAAGACAUGGAGAAGGGACGUGAAAAGGCUCGACCUUCCAUGCCUCCACCACACUUAUGCCCCCCACCACCAAAGCCAUGGGUGCCGUGGCUCGUGCCGAUCAUAUUUGUGGCCAAUGUAGCCAUGUUCAUUUAUACCAUGUACGUCAAUGACUGUCCAUCAAUCGACGAGAAUAAGUGUAUUCUUCCUUCUUUGAAGAGGUUCUCUUUCCAACCCUUCAAAGAAAACCCUCUCCUUGGUCCUGCUGGACUCACUCUAAAAAAACUAGGAGCCCUUGAACGGCAACGAGUGGUGGAAGAGGGCGAAGGAUGGCGCCUCUUGUCUUGCAUGUGGCUUCAUGCGGGAGUCGUUCACUUACUUGCCAAUAUGCUGAGCCUUUUAUUCAUAGGAAUCCGGCUUGAGCAGGAAUUCGGAUUUAUCAGAAUAGGACUCUUGUAUGUGCUUGCUGGAUUAGGUGGAAGUUUAGGAUCGACUAUGCAUCUUAUGAGAACCACAAGCCCGACUAUAUCAGUUGGUGCAUCCGGAGCACUUUUUGGAUUGUUGGGAGCCAUGCUUUCUGAGCUUCUAAUAAACUGGACAAUCUAUGUAAAUAAGUGCACAGCGCUCCUGAUACUCAUUGUCGUCAUUGCCCUGAAUAUGGCUGUCGGGUUUCUACCUAAAGUGGACAAUUCAGCUCAUAUAGGAGGAUUCCUUGCAGGAUUUUUCCUUGGCUUUAUUAUUCUUGUUCGUCCUCAAUACGGUUAUAUACGCCGUAAGCAUCUUCCAUCAACCUAUGACGGCAAACAUAAACCUAGGCACAAGGGCUAUCAAUAUGUGCUAGGGAGCGGUGCUCUUGUUAUCUUAAUUCUUGGAUACACAUAUGGCUUUGGUAAGCUAUAUGGUCUUAAGGCACUGAAAAAUCUGCCUUAAGUUCUAGAAAUCAAAUGAAUAUUCUUGAGAACUCAACUGCCUACUCAAGAAUUUCAGGUAUAACACCACCUCCUCAACAAGACCGAAAAAAGAAAAAGAAAAACAGAACACACCACAAAUUAUACUUCCUUAUAUCAGAAAAGGCUGAAACACAUGCAUAUCUAAAGUGAAUCUAACUUUACUGCUGACAUAUGGAUGUAUAUUUGUGAAUGUUCAGAUGUUGUAAAUGCAUGUAUAUGUACGCUAUGCAUAUAUCUUGAAAACCAGACAACUAGAAGCUACUACAGAUUUGAAUACAGUUUGACAUAUGCUAUAUUCAAGUUACAGUGCUCCAACAGAUAUAGGAAAUUAAGCUACAUGAAUGAUCACUUUAUACUAAGUUUGGCUUGAACACUGUUUCAGUAUUAUUUAUUUGAAUUCCACAAUUAGCAAAAGUUGUAGAAUAUACCACACACAUAUGUAUACGUGCAAACAUAUAUAUAUGUAUAUCGUACGAAGUUACUGAUAAAUAAUUUUUUAUUCUUUCUUAUCUGUAAAGAGUUCAUAUUGUCUUUAACGAGAUGGUUGCUUACACCGAUCAUGCCAAUGACAAGUGAAAUAUGAAAUUAGUAAAUUAUGAAACUUCCAUUGCUAAUAGUCCUUGAUUGAAUUUCCUUUUGUUUUCGUCUGAGAAUGAGCAUAAUGAGUUUAACACUAAACUUCAAGAUG